AUGCAUUUUACACUUUUGUAUCCAGAGGGAGAAAAGUGGAAAGAAAUAAAGAAGGCUGCAUUGAAGUCUGUAGUCAGAGGGAAUUUGGAAGAAGAUGAUAUGAGUUCUUUAUCAAAAGAUUCAGAGGACUACAAGAAUUAUAUCAUGGUGAAAAGGAACUAUGCCAGAGUUGUGAAGCAGAUAGAGAAGGGGGAAGUGUAUGAUUUUUAUUCUCAAAGGAGACGAUUCAAAAGAAAAAUUCAUUCUUUGUCAGAGUUCAAUAGAUUCAAAGUGGUUGCAAUACUGAAAGAUGGCAGUCGAUCCUACUUAUUUGAAGAUGGUAGGUACAAAGAAAUAGGACAGACCACUAGAUACCAGAGAUGCCCUUUCUGCAACGAGAACAUUGCUUCGGAGGAGAUAAACAACCAUCUGAGAGCAAAGACAUGCAAUAGGGAGCUAGAAUCCGACGAAGGGGGCAGAGUAACUGUUAUCUUUGACAAAGGAAUUAGAACAGAGUAUGAAAGUUUGGAAUUCAACUGCAACAAUGUUAGAAUGCUUAAGAAGUUUGUUUACGAUAAAACAGGGAUAUCUGUGAGCAAACAGGAAGUUUAUAGAGGAGAAACAGUCUUAAAGAAUAGUGAUAGCUUAGGCAGAGAAACAGUCAUAAUAAAACAGAAGAAGAGGACACAAAAAAAUAGCGGAUAA